AACAGCUGUACUGCACAGAGUACUAAAGGCGGCGCACCGGGUUGGUAAACGUGUGAGUAGGCUGCAAAAUGGCAAGUGAGAAGAACGCGCUGCUGUCCUUGAUUCUCACCGCCGGGCUCACAGCACUUGUAGCUACUGGACAAAAAGCAGAGCAACCAGAAGUGGUGACCAGGUAUGGGACUGCCCGAGGAUACCAAAUGAAAGUAAAUGCAGCUGAGAGGAGUGUAAAUGUCUUUCUGGGACUUCCUUUUGCUAAGCCUCCUGUUGGACCACUCAGGUUUUCUGAACCCCAGCCACCUGAGCCAUGGAAAGGUGUCAGAGAUGCCGCUUCCUACCCACCAAUGUGUCUACAGAACAAAGUAGCUGGACAGUUUGUUUCAGAUGCUGUUACUAAUAGAAAAGAAAAAGUUCGUCUCCAGAUGUCUGAAGAUUGCUUAUACCUGAAUAUAUAUAUGCCUGUUUCUACAGAGAAACAGGAGAAGCUGCCGGUCUUUGUAUGGAUCCAUGGAGGUGGAUUAGUUCUUGGAGCAGCUUCAACCUAUGAUGGUUCAGCAUUAGCGGCCUUUGACAACGUGGUUGUUGUAACCAUUCAGUACAGGCUGGGUAUUGUUGGAUACUUUAGCACAGGUGAUGAGCAUGCUCGCGGUAACUGGGGGUAUUUGGAUCAAGUGGCAGCUCUUCAGUGGAUUCAGGAAAACAUCAUUCAUUUUGGAGGAGACCCAGGAUCUGUCACCAUCUGUGGAGAAUCUGCAGGAGGAAUCAGUGUUUCUGCUCUGAUUUUAUCUCCGCUGGCAAAGGGCUUGUUCCAUAAGGCCAUUUCCGAGAGUGGAACUGCAAUCAGGACUUUAUUCACUGAAAAGCCUGAGGAGGAAGCACAAAGAAUUGCGGCUGCAGCUGGCUGUGAAACAUCCAGUUCAGCUGCUCUGGUUGAGUGCUUAAGAGAACAAACAGAGGAAGAGAUAGAACAGAUAACGCUAAAAAUGGAUAUGACAACACUGAAGCUAUGCUAUACCCCAUCUGAAAAUUGUGAACAGACGUCCAUGUUCAUCAGUUCAUAUGUUGAUGGUGUAUUUUUUCCGAAGAGUCCCAGUCAAUUACUGUCUGAAAAAGCAAUCAAUGCAGUCCCGUAUAUGAUAGGAGUAAAUAACUGUGAAUUUGGAUGGGUAAUUCCUAAAGCAAUAAUAAUUCCCGAUUUUAGAGACGGUCUGGACAAAGAAGUUGCCCGUCAAAUAUUACAGAGCACAUUAGCAUUAUCUUUUAAGAAUGUUACUUCUGUCACUGCUGAUCUCAUAUUCAGUGAAUACAUGGGAAAAGCAGAGAGCCGUGCUCAGGUGCGAGAUGGCCUUCUUGAUGCAUUAGCAGACCCUUUCUUUGUUUUCCCAUCCGUUGAAGUGGCUAGAUACCAUAGAGAUGCUGGACACCCAGUCUACUUUUACGAAUUUCAGCAUCGACCAAGCUCAGCCACAGGUGUCGUGCCAGAGUUUGUAAAAGCUGAUCAUGGAGAUGAGAUUGCCUUUGUGUUUGGAAAGCCGUUCUUAGCUGGGAAUGCUACCGAAGAAGAAGAUAAACUUAGCAGAACUGUUAUGAAAUACUGGACUAACUUUGCUAGAAAUGGGAAUCCCAAUGGGGAAGGCUUGGUACAUUGGCCUCAGUAUGAUCUGGAUGAAAGAUACCUGGAGAUAGACGUAACACAAAAGGCAGCAAAGAAACUGAAAGAACACAAAAUGGAGUUUUGGGCACAGCUCACAGAACAAAUGAGGGGUGAAAGAAGGAGAGAGCGCACAGAUUUGUGAGAGCUGCAGAGGAUACGUUUUCCCUUUACAGCCUGAACUAAGGUGAAUAUUCAUUUGUCAGAACGCAGAUUUUAAUCUUGACUUUCUAACUCACUGAUGUCCAAUUUGUUGUCAUGAUCACAGGAAAACUUCCCCUGAUUCUCUCCUGUAGUGAAAAGGGAGAAUCAAGGGAAGUGCAAAGUGUACAUGGAAAUAAAAAUCAAUAAUGAAGCAAGCGGGAAUAGAAACCAGUCUUUCAGGUUCAAACUGACCACGGUAUCCAAGGGGAAAUGGGCGAGUAUAUUGAAAUCCAUAAGAAAUGAUGUUUACGGGAUAUGUCAUAGGUGUCAGAAUAUGUUGUAUUUUCAUUCCACCCUUCUUUAUCAAGAGAGUCCUUGAUUGUCCUUCUUACAGCC